GUAACCUAGCCUUCUUCUGAAUGUUCUCGAGUGCAAACAUGGGGAAAUCGAAGGAAGGCAACGACUCGAAACGCAAAAGAAAACGCGUCGCAGUGGAAUCAAGCAGCGACGAUGAUGAGAGUGAACAAGACUUAGAGGAGGAAUUGAAGUCACUCGCUAAGCGUUCGAGACCAGCGAAUGAUAAUAACUCCAAGCCACAGCGAUCCGGAGAUUCAGACAGCGACUUGGACUCAUCGGAGGGAAGUGAUGACGAGUGGACAAUGGAUUCUGAGAAUAGUAAGGGAAAGGCUGCAAAAGCUAAGGACAAGAAAAAACCCAAAAAGGCUUCAUCAUCGGGUUCUUCGUCAGAAGAAAGUGGUGAAACGUCCUCUGGUGAGUCAUCGUCAUCAUCAUCUUCCUCAGAAGAUGAAGAGGAGGAGCAGUAUCAUGAUGGUUGGGAUGACAACUUGAUGGGAGAUGAAGCAGACAGAGCAAGACUUGAAAAGAUGACAGAAAAAGAACGAGAGCAGGAGAUCUUCAACCGGGUGGAGAAAAGAGAAGCUCUUAAGACUCGAUUUGAAAUUGAAAGAAAACUCCGUCUUGCUAAAAGGAAGGAGAAGAAGAAAAAGCGAGAGAAGGAGAAAGCAAAUAUUGAGAAGGAAGGUAUAGCUUUGCGCAAAAAAGAGCGGAAGAGACAUGUUGAAGAAAAAAAAGCAAAGGCUUUGGAUGACCUAAAGGCAAAGAGAUCUGAGAAAAAAGAGAAAAAAGUUGCUGAAUCGUUAGUGGACCAAAAAGCGCCUCAGUUCAAGACUAGUGAUGUGUUUACUGACGAUGAGGAUGAUGAUGAGCAGGAGGAAAGCAAAUCAAGUUCAGGGGAAGGAUCCUACCAAGAAUCUGAUGAAGAGCAAGGUGAGGCACAACCUCAAAGAGUAUCGGCUUUGGGAGACCUGGAGAGGAUAAGAAUAUCACGGCACAAACUUGAAAGAUGGGUACACAUGCCUUUCUUUGGCGAGAUAGUGGCUGGCUGUUAUGUGCGUGUUGGUAUUGGAAACCAUGAUGCAAGACCUGUUUAUAGGGUUGCAGAGAUAAGAGAUGUGGUGGAAACAGCUAAGAUAUACUCUUUGGGAAGUACAAAAACAAAUAAAGGAUUAAAACUAAAACAUGGCAACCAGGAAAGGGUGUUUAGACUAGAGUUUGUGUCAAAUCAGAGAUUCACAGAAACAGAAUUUUCCAGGUGGAAAGAGGAGUGUGAAUCUCAUGGCAUUCCUUUACCAACACUUGAGGAAGUGGACACUAAAGCCAAACAGUUUAAUGAGGCACAGCAUUACAUGUAUAAUGAAGAAGAUAUUGAUAAGAUUGUCGCUGAGAAGCAGAAAUUUAGGAAAACACCUUUUAAUUAUGCUCAAAAGAAGAAUCAUUUAAUGCGAUCAAAGGAAAUAGCAGAACAGAAGGGGAACUUGGAAGAGGCAGAAAAACUGCGAGGUGAACUAGAUGACUUGGAAGAGAAAGCGCAACAACUUGACAAAGUGCGAUCUAAAAACCUUAGUGCUAUCAGUUAUAUCAAUGAGAGAAACAGAAAGAGGAAUAUUGUGGAGGCUGAAAAAGCUGCAGCUGAAGAAAUGAAUGUGGAACAAAAAGCUGAUCCAUUCACAAGACGGAAAACCCUUCCUCAACUUGUGUCUAUGGCUAAUAAAACCUUACCAAGUUCUGUUACACAAGAAAAGAAUGAAGGAAAUACCGAAGGGGCAGCUUUUGCUGGGAUGCCUCAAUCCACCAGCACUGAUGGAGCAUCAUCAUCAAGCCAACCGACUGACACAGUUGAUGGUUCAGAUAUAGAAAGACUUUCACAAAUUCCACCAGCUGGAGCAGCUCACCAGCCUCCUGAUAGGAAACCCUCUCAGUCAGAGGAUCUGUUUUCAGCACAUAACUUUGACAUCACAAUCAAUCUCGACAUUCCUGCCCCUGGAACUGAGUCUCGUCCAGUGGUAGCUACUCCAAGACCUGCCAACAAUGAAAGGGAUGGGGCACCUAGGAGAUCACUAAACCUUGAAGACUACAAGAAGAGAAGGGGACUGAUAUGAACUGCUUGAACCACUGGCUGAGCUAACAGUUAAAUCACCAACUGACUGUGAAAUUGUUUUUCCUUGUUGGAUUUGUAGUAUGGAAGGAAACAUUUUGACUGUGCAUGUUUGUGGUACUUCAGUGCUUCUUUUUAUGGCUCUUUGAACUGCUGAAAAGAAGGAAAGGGAGAAUUCUGGAUUGCCUUUUUUUCCUCUAUCCGAGCCAAAGAAUGAAGCUUAUCUGUUUUUGUCAACCAAUUCACUCAAAUAAGCACAUUGCAUUCAUGAACUGAACCAAAACCCAGAAAAAGUACAAAACAUGUUCAUCAAAUCAGGGGCAGCACUAAAGAGCAUGCAGCAACCACUGUAUAUUACUGGAAAUUACAUGGAAAAAAGUCAAUUGGCUCUUUAUGGACAGAGUUAAAAAGUGUUUGUGGUCUUUCAUGUGUAACCUUUUUAAAAAGAGAGAGACCUUAGGGAGAAAAAAAUUUAGAGAUAAAGCACUCUUGCUGCUGAUUGAAUUUUAUGCCUUCGUAUUUUUUUCAAUAAUUUGUCAUGAUAAAGUCGCAUACACUUUAGAGUGCUCUGAAACAAAUGGACUUUAAGCUUAGAGAAGUUAGUAAUUGUAUUGUGUUAAUUGUUAUUUUUAAUCUGAAAUUCUCCCUAGUUUUGAAAGUGGAAGAUUAUACUUGUUAACAAAAUUUAUAUGUACACAAGUUGGCCUCAGGGAAAAUUGUGGUCUUUUAAACUAACUGUGGGUGUUGUAUAUGUACACAAGUUGGCCUCAGGGAAAAUUGUGAUCUUUUAAACUAACUGUGGGUGUUGUUUAUCCCCAGUUUCUCACAGUUAUCUAGUUUACACUGUCUGCAAUUUGCAAGAAAAGAAUCUUAUUCUUUGCACUCUGAAACAAAUCUUUGUGUUAAUUGUAAGAGUCUUACUAGCUUCUUCAGAGUACCUCAACAUGUACAAAUGCAAGUUGAGCUUAUUUAAGACCUUGAAGAAUUCGUUAAUAUAUAUUUGGCAAAAUGCAACAAAAGCGAGCCAGCUACUCUGACUUGAACAGUCACUCCUUGGAUGCCUGUUCAAAACAAAUUGGAAAUAAACAAACUUUUUCCUUUGCAGUGUUAAAGGUAUGAUGUAUUUAUUAUGUUACGAAGUGAGGAUUGACACAACAUGAAGAGUAGAGAAAGCAGAAAUAAUGGACGGUAUAAUAUGCAGUUACACACAAUGUGCAUUUAUGUGCAUCAAGUUCACCAGUGAGAAUUUCUCAAUUUUUCACUCCCAGAUCUCAUUUAUUUGUACUACUUCUCACUUUCUGCCAUAGAAUUUGUAUGAUGUCAGUUCUGGGAAAUAUUUGGUAUUGGAUGAACUAAUAAUCCUAGGUUAAUUGAUGUUUUUCUUUAUUCUUUUCACUUGUCCCCAUGAUAUUGUUUAGAUGACUAUUGUAGGGAGAAACUCUGUUUUGGUCACUCAUGAAUUUUACAAGGUUAAUUGUUUUAGACUUUUUUCAUGUCAGUGUUUUAAAUGACAAGGAAUUUUUUUUAGUAGCUUCCCUUUGCACUUUGCAAGAAAUAGUUUAUGGUGGAAAUUUCCAAUAUUGAAGAAAAUGACAGUGACUGUUCUUUUCACGAGGCUUCUAAUUCUCAAAGCCAACACAUGAUUUAGAACCAAUAUGUUGACCUCGAUCCUACAUGUUGAUGUGAUUGCAAGAGUUUGGUUUUCUCCCAAUCUGUGAAAGGUUUGUCAGAUGCAUUAUGUAUUCGUUUGGUAAAUGUUUGCCCUCCAGUUGUAACUUUUGUAAAUAAUUAGUUGUGACUACUUGGAACUAUGUUUCUAUAUUCACUACUGGUGUGAAGUUUUGUGAUUUUACUCAACAUUCAACUUUGUAUUAUAAUUUUUCCUUUCAAUGCAGUGACAUUAAUUUGUGUUUGUAGAAAUAUUUUAAGUUCCAAAUGUUGCUUAUUAAAAUGCAAUUGUAAAAUAU